AUGAGUAUCCGCGCGCGCCUCGGCCGUGCAACCACGUGCGCGCUGUCUAGUAACAAGACGCUGACGAAACGUCACCGAAACAUGUUUGCCCAUCUGACAUGACUUGGUGGCUGUUGCCGAAAUUACUCGAAUCCUCUACUGACACCUGGUUUUGCAGGAGUGCUCUAAACCAUGGAAACCAAAGAAGAGGUGGAGAAGAUCCGCAUCGUGGCCGAGAACCACCAUGCUGGCGAGGCAGGAGGCGAGGGGGCUGGCCUGCUGGGGCCCCCAAGGGCUCUGCCCAGUUCCUGGCAGCACAAAUGCGCCUCGUACGUCCUGGCUCUCCGUCCAUGGAGCUUCAGCGCCUCCCUCACCCCCGUGGCCCUGGGCAGCGCCCUCGCCUACCGCUCCCAGGGCACCUUGGACCCCGGCCUCCUGCUGGGCAGCGCCGUGACCGUCCUGGCAGUCCAUGGCGCGGGGAACCUGGUCAAUACCUACUAUGACUUCUCCAAGGGCAUUGACCACAAGAAGAGCGAUGACCGGACGUUGGUCGACCAGAUCUUGGAGCCCCAAGAUGUUGUGAGGUUUGGGGUCGUCCUGUACACCUUGGGGUGCCUCUCCACCGCCUGCCUCUACUGUCUCUCCACCCUCAGGUUGGAGCACCUGGCCUUGAUCUACUUCGGAGGACUGUCCAGCUCCUUCCUUUAUACCGGAGGCAUCGGCUUCAAGUACGUGGCCCUGGGGGACGUGGUCAUCCUCAUCACCUUCGGGCCGCUGGCGGUGAUGUUCGCCUACGCCGUGCAGGUGGGCCAGCUGUCCCCCUCGCCCCUGCUCUACGCCGUCCCCCUCGCCCUCAGCACCGAGGCCAUCCUGCACAGCAACAACACCCGGGACAUGGAGUCGGAUCGGCGGGCCGGCAUUGUCACCCUGGCCAUCCUCCUUGGGCCCACGCUCUCCUACGUGCUCUACAACACCCUCCUCUUCCUCCCGUACCUGAUCUUCUGCGUCUUGGCCACCCGCUACACCAUCAGCAUGGCCCUGCCCUUGCUCACACUCCCCAUGGCCUUCUCCUUGGAGAGGCAGUUCCGGAGCCAGUCCUUCGUCAAAAUCCCCCAGAGGACUGCCAAGCUCAACCUCCUCCUGGGACUCUUCUACGUGUUUGCCAUCCUCCUGGCUCCCCCGGGCAGCCUCCCCAAGCUGUAGGGCCCCCUGGGUCUCGGGGAAAGCCUUGCCCACGGUGGCCAAUGGGGCAAUGUCUGCGAUCCUGCCAGAUCUGGGAGCGACGGGUUGGUUUCUGGCUCCUCGUCGAGAGAGUUGCUGGAGACUCGGUGGUGAUCCUUACGGUUUGGGUGACUCAGUCAUUUUGUACCUGCACCCUUUGUAAAGCGUCUCACACUUUCUCUUUCAAAAGUAGGGGGGGAAGGAUAUUUAUAAAGCUUCACUUGCAAAA